GACAUCAGCGGGCGCGCAUGCGCCUUCGUUAUUCGUAUUCGUCAGAUAAAUCGGUGAUUCGAUACUCGAUCUGAAGUAUUUUUCCAUAUUCGUGGCCCAUUUUUAUUCGGAGCAUUUCACUAAGCCAAGAUGAGAUUCAGUGGAGUACUGCUUCUCUGCCUGUCUUCCUUUCAAUCUUCCUGGUCACAACUUCUGGUGGAUUGGGCCCGUGAUUUCGAGACCUCCCUGCUAAACAACCGAAUUCCUGACACCACCCGCUUUCUGCCGGAAUAUGACUUCAUUAUCGUGGGCGCAGGAAGUGCUGGUUGUGUCUUGGCCAAUCGGCUGAGUGAGAUAUCAUCGGCGAGUGUUUUGCUUUUGGAGGCCGGGGAUCAGGAGACCUUUAUCAGCGAUGUUCCACUGACAGCGGCCCUCACCCAAAUGACUCGUUAUAACUGGGGAUACAAGGCCGAACCCACGGAAAACGCCUGUCAGGGGUUAAGGGGCGGCGUUUGCAACUGGCCCAAGGGGCGUGGCGUGGGUGGCACCAGUCUGAUCAACUUUAUGCUAUACACUCGGGGUCAUCGCAGGGAUUACGAUGAUUGGGCGGCGGCCAAUAACUCGGGAUGGUCCUACGAUGAGGUGCUACCCUAUUUUCGAAAAUCCGAAAGGAUUGGCAUUCCAGAACUCUAUAAAUCACCCUAUCAUGGUCGCAAUGGAAACCUGGAUGUGCAAUAUACGGACUACAGAUCUCAGUUGCUAAAGGCCUUUCUAAAGUCUGGCAGGGAAAUGGGCUAUGAUAUAACAGAUCCGAAUGGAGAACACCUGAUGGGAUUUGGGAGAUCCCAAGCCACCAUUCGGAAUGGCAGAAGGUGUAGUACCAGUAAAGCCUUCAUACAGCCUGUAGUUCAUCGGAAGAACCUGCACAUCUCCAUGAAGAGCUGGGUCACCAAGUUGAUCAUAGAUCCUGUUACCAAAACUGCCACUGGAGUGGAGUUUGUAAAGCAACGUCAGCGUUUUACAGUUCGAGCUAGGAAGGAAGUGAUUUUAUCUGGCGGCACCAUCGCCAGUCCCCAGAUUUUAAUGUUAUCCGGAGUGGGCCCAAAGGAACAUCUCGAAGAGCAUAAUAUUACAGUGGUGCAGGAUCUGGCAGUUGGUUACAACCUUCAAGACCACAUAACCCUGAAUGGUCUUGUAUUUGUGGUCAAUGAUUCCACGGUAAAUGAUGCCCGUUUGCUGAAUCCCUCGGAUAUCUUUAGGUACAUCUUUGCGGGCCAGGGACCUUAUACCAUCCCAGGUGGAGCCGAGGCCUUUGGCUUUGUACGAACUCCCAGCUCCAGUUUUGCUAAAGACUAUCCUGAUAUGGAACUGGUUUUGGGCGCCGGUUCUCUGAGUGGCGAUCGAUUUGGCACCAUGCGAAAUUUGCUGGGCAUCACCGAUGAGUUCUACGACUACAUGUUUGGGGAUCUGCAGAACAAAGAAACCUUCGGCCUGGUUCCAGUGCUCCUACGUCCCAAAAGUCGAGGUAGAAUAUCGUUGCGCAGCCGAAAUCCAUUCCACUGGCCAAAAAUGGAACCCAAUUUUAUGCAGCAUCCCGACGAUGUGAGGGCGAUGAUCGAAGGAGUCGAAAUGAUCCUGAAGCUGGCCCGAUCCAAGCCCAUGGUGAAGAUGGGCACUCGUUUUCAUGACCGUCCCUUUCCGGGUUGCGAGCACUUAAAGUUCGCCAGCGAGGAAUACUGGAAGUGCUGUCUGCGAAGAUAUGGUUCCAGUUUGCAGCACCAAUCGGGAACCUGCAAGAUGGGUCCAGCCACAGAUAAUACAUCAGUGGUAGAUGCCCAACUGAGGGUCCAUGGCAUUCGGGGAUUACGAGUGGUGGAUGCUUCAGUGCUACCCAAUGUUCCAGCUGGGCACACAAAUGCAAUUGUGAUCAUGGUGGCUGAAAAGGCCUCGGAUAUAAUCAAAGAUGCCUGGCGUAUGCCAACCACUCCCUUAAAUUCCUGAAUCUAUCCUUAAGCUCUUUAUUUAUUAUUUAGUUAUCACCAGUCAUUAGGUUAAGUUCUCUUGUGAUAGUUAAGAUGAGUAUUUCUUUGGCUUGAAAAUGGGGUCUCUGUUUAUUAUAUAAUGAAAUGAGUAUUUAUUUGAUAGAAAUGAAUAUUUAUUAAAAGCAAUGAGUUAUUUUGUCAAACACAAAGGU